AUGGGAACAGCGGCGGAUGCGGAGUGGCUGCGCUGGGUGAGCAAGAAAUUUGGGAAUGUCGCUGGGAAGGAGAAGGAGAUCAGCCUGGAAGAGUUCAAAUCCGCCCUGCAGGUCAAGGAGUCCUUCUUUGCCGAGAGGUUUUUUGCGCUCUUCGAUUCCGACGGGAGCGGCUCCCUGAGCCGGGAGGAGCUGCUGGGAUCCCUGCGCCGGCUGCUCCGCGGGAAUUCCACGGAAAAGCUCCGCUUCCUCUUCCAGGUGUACGACGUGGACGGGAGCGGCUCCAUCGAUGCCGAGGAGCUGCGGGUGGUGCUCCGGGGGUGUCUCCGGGAGAGCUCCCUGGCCCUUCCCGAGGAGCGGCUGGGGGCCCUGAGCCAGGCCCUUCUCCAGGCCCUCGACCGGGACCACAGCGGCUCCAUCACCUUCCCGGAGCUCCGGGAGCAGCUGGAAGCGUUUCCGGAACUCCUGGAGAACCUGAGCAUCAGUGCUGCCAGCUGGCUGAAGCCCCCCAGUCCCAGUCCUGCUGAGCCCUGGCUGUGCUGCUUUUCCCGGGAAUCCCGCCAGGAUCAGCGGGCCGGGAUGUGCUGCUUUUCCCGGGAAUCCCGCGAGGAUCAGCGGGCCGGGACGUGCUGCUUUUCCCGGGAAUCCCGCGGGGAUCAGCGGGCCCGGCUGUGCUGCCUGGGGGGCUGGGUCGCCACCACGGCGCUCCUGCUCGCCCUGGGGGCUCUGUGGCACCGGGAGCGCGGCCCCGCCCUGGCGCUGGCCCGGGGCUGCGGGCAGAGCCUCAACCUCAACUGCGCCCUGCUGGCCGCGCUGAUGCUGCGGCGCUCUCUGACCUGGCUGCGCUCCACGCCGCUGGCGGAGCUGUUCCCGCUGGAGCUGCACGUGCAGGGCCACGAGCGCGUGGGACACCUGGUGCUGGCCCUGGGGACCGCGCACGCGGGGGCACACCUGGCACAGGCCGGCCUGGCACAGCGGGACUGGCUGGUGGCCCUGGGCGAGUACGUGCGGCGGGCGCGGCCGGGCGCCGGUGGCGUUGGUGGCACUGCCCCGCAGACCGGGCUGGCGCUGCUGGCGCUGCUCCUGGCCAUGCUCGCCUGCUCCAGCCCCUGCGUGCGCCGCGGCGGCCACUUCGAGGUGUUUUACUGGAGCCACCUCUGCUACAUCCCCGUGUGGUUCCUGUUGCUCCUGCACGGUCCCCACUUCUGGAAGUGGUUCCUGAUUCCCGGCUCCCUGUUUGUGCUGGAGAAGGUUCUGGGCUGGGUGUGGCGCCGGGCAGGCGAUCUGCACAUCCUGGAGGCCAAGCUGCUGCCCUCCAAGGUGACCCACCUGGUGAUCCAGAGGCCGAAAUCCUUCCGCUUCCAGCCGGGGGAUUACGUCUACCUGAACGUCCCGGCCAUCGCCGCCUACGAGUGGCACCCCUUCUCCAUCAGCAGCGCCCCGGAGCAGCCAGAAACCCUCUGGCUGCACAUCCGGGCACGGGGCCAAUGGACCACCAAGCUCUACGAGUACUUCCAGCAGCUGGAAUUGCACGGCCCGGAGCCGAAUCCGCCUGGGAAGAGCCGCAGGGAGCGGAGGAGCCGGCACUGGGAACAGGGCACCGAGCCCGGGGAGAGCCAGCGGAGCUGCAGCGUCAAGUGCUUCCUGGACGGUCCCUACGGAACGCCGAGCCGGCGGAUCUUCACCUCGGAGCACGCCGUUCUCAUCGGAGCCGGCAUCGGGAUCACCCCCUUCGCCUCCAUCCUGCAGAGCAUCAUGUUCCGGUACCGGCGGCGGAAGCAGAGCUGCCCCAGCUGCCGUUUCUCCUGGAGCGAGGAACGGCGGGAUGAGGAGAUGACGCUCCGGAAGGUGGAUUUCAUCUGGAUCACGCGGGACCAGCAGCACCUGCAGUGGUUCCUGGGCCUCCUGGCCAAGCUGGAGGCGGAGCAGGCGGAGCUGGAGCCGGGAGGGAAGUUCCUGGAGCUGCACCUGUACAUGACUUCGGCGCUGGGCAAGGGGGACGUGAAGGCGCUGGGGCUGCAGCUGGCCCUGGACCUGCUGGCGGCCCAGGAGCAGCGGGAUUCCAUCUCCGGGCUCCGCAGCCGCACCAGCCCCCGCCCCGACUGGGACAAGGUGGCUGGGGCGGGUGGGCGUGUGAGCGGCGCGGAGGCGGUGCGGGGUGUCGGUGUGCCUGUGCGCUCAGCGGGGCUGGCCCGGGCCCUCCGCCCGUCUCUGCCCGCCGCCCUCGGCAUCCGCUUCUGCCG